AUGACUAAAAUAUCCAAACAGGUGUCCACUAUAUUCAUAUCAGUUCUCGCACUCUUGGGAAUUGGUGCUUUCAUCCAUUAUACCCAAGGAAUCCAUCUAGACUUACUGGACAGAUUGUCGGUUGCAAAACGUGAGGAAGAUGGUGAUUUCGAGUUCAGAAUAUAUUCCAACAACGUUCGUUACUCUGGUGCCAGAAAGAGACAACCAGGCGAACAACCUUGGAGCGACAGAAAGCAGGGCGUGGUUGACGCAAUCAAGUCCAGAGACCUGCAGUACCCUACUCUCGUCGGUUUACAGGAAUGUUUGUACAAUCAGUUAGAUGAUGUCCUCGCUGGUCUUAAUGACGGCAACGACGACGAAUGGGUCCACUACGGUAUUGGCAGAGACGACGGAAAUAAAGCUGGGGAAUACUCACCAAUUAUCUACAAAAAGAAGGAAUGGAAAUUGCUCAAUUCCACUACCAAGUGGUUGAGCGCCACUCCUGAUAAGCCCAGUAUUUACCCGGGCGCUGCAACCAAGAGAAUCGUUACUAUGACCACCUUGGAGCACAUUAGCUCGGGCAAAACCGUCAACUACUUCAAUACUCACUUCGACCAAAAGUCCGCUGAUGCUCGUAAAUUCAGUGCCAACCAAAUCUUGACUUACAUCAAGGAGAUUCCAAAUGACUUCCACACAUUCUUGAGUGGAGAUUUCAAUUCUCUCGACACCGACAUCUCCUACAAUACCUUGAAGACCGAUUUGGUUGACACCAACACUGUGGCUUACAACCUCUACAACGAGAAUUUGUUCACUUACAGUGGAUUCGCUCCAGACGCACAACAAAGUAAUAUCGAUUUCAUUUGGGCCCCUGCCAAUUCCAAUUCGGAUGGUAGCAAGGUCAGAGUUAUUGGCCAUGAGGUGCUUGACAACUUGUACAACAACUACCACUUCAGUGAUCACAGACCCAUCACCACUCAUUUCAAAUUGUGGAACUAG